AUGCCUUGGUUCAUUUAGAGUCUUGGAGUCGACAAGAUGAGGGGCCUUUUUAUUGUUCUAGUUUGCAUCGUCUCGGCCUUCGCGGCCAAGGACUACAGUGGAUACCAGGUGCUUCGUGUGACCCCUGGUACGGAUGAGCACAGGCAAUGGCUGAGGGAGCUAGAGACCAGCAUGGCUGACGAGAUCGACUUUUGGUCCGACAUCAAGAACAUCCCUGGUAGCACGGUAGACAUCAUGGUGCCAAAGCGACUUCGAGCUACCUUCCUCGACAUCUUCGCUGUCAAGAAGAUGCAGGUCAGCAUCAUGAUCGACGAUGUCGGCCAACUUAUUCAUGAGCAGGAUGAGGAGAGGAAGGAACGACGGGCGACCACGCAAGAUCUGACCUCCUUUGACUACACAGUUUAUCACCCCUACGACGAGAUACAACAAUGGGUGACAGACAUCGUUGACGCUUACCCAACCAUCGCGACCAGAUUCGAGCUCCCUCGUACGUCGUACGAAGGAAGAACCAUCUCCGGCAUUCAGAUCAAAGGAACCGGUGGCUCAUCGGGUAUGCGAAAGGGUGUUUACUUUGAGGGCGGUAUUCACGCCAGAGAAUGGGUCUCACCCGCUACGGUCAUGUACAUCACCAAAGAACUUCUUCAAGAUUUCAUGGACGGUGAUGCAACGGCUGUCAGGUUCUUUGACACGUUAGACUGGUACAUCGUGCCUUCUCUGAACGCAGAUGGUUAUGUCUACACCUGGACAGAUGAUCGUAUGUGGCGCAAGACCCGAUCGAGUAAUGAGGAUCACGCCCUCUCCGGCUGCACCGGAACCGAUCCCAACAGAAAUUGGCCUUUUGGAUGGGCAGGUUCAGGAACGAGUCCUUUCCCAUGCUCCAACGUCUACCACGGCGAGUACGCUUUGUCCGAGAGCGAGGUCGAGGCCGUGGUCGAUUUCCUGCGCGAAAAGAAGGACAACGGCCAAGACUUUGUGUGGUUUAUCGACUGGCAUAGCUACUCCCAGCUCGUCAUUUCCCCGUGGUCGUACUCCGCCACCGUGCCCGAUCCUGACAACCUCGACGAUUUGCAAGCUGCCGGAGAGGCGAUGGCAGCAGGCAUUGCUAGCCACACGUCGGGUACGGUCUAUGAAGUAGGACCCACAGCUAAACUGCUAUACGAGGCUGCUGGAGCAAGCAACGACUGGGGUUAUGCACCAUACGACACGUUUGAUAAGACAGAAGGCGGCUUGGGAGCUCCUUACUCCUACGUCGUAGAACUCCGAGACACCGGCGAGUACGGGUUCAUUCUGCCAGAUACCCAGAUCGAGGAUUCUGGCAAAGAGAGCGUACUCGGUGUGUACGCGAUGGGCACCUACAUCCUAGACGCAGAGGGACUGUAAGGGAAAAAGGAGAGGGAUAUGCGUGGAUGCUGAAAUCACCCAAUACAUAUAUCGACCUAAUACAAAUCGACCCAAUCGACUUAUAAGUAAAGGGAUGUGUUUUUUAAAUCACUUAAGUUAGCUUCACGGAUGAUUGGUAUAACAAGGGUAUAGUUUUAGAGAUCCCCAACGAGUUAACGACGGAUGUUAAGAAAUGGCAAUUCGCAUUCCACCAACAUAGACGUUGGGCUUUGAAGAAUAAAAGGGGGGA